AUGAAGAUCUUUCCCUUUUUAUUUAUAUUUCCAUUUUUAUUAAAAUUAUGUGAAUGUUCUGAUCUUAAUCCUUUAGAUCCAUUAGCUCAACAAAGUGGUGGUGGUUCCAAUAAUAAUGAAGGCAAUAAUAAUGAUUCCACUGGUUCUUCCGAUGUAACACAAGUUGAUACUGAAUCUAAUGAUACUUCAUCGUCUUCUGAAACUUCACAACAAGGAAAACCUCAACCUGAUCAACCACAAGAUCAACCAGAUCAACAUCAGCAACCAACUCAGGGUGAUACAAGUGGACAACAAGGACCAGAUACACCUCAACCAAUUCAGGAACCAUCUGGACCAGUUCAACCUGAUCAAACUGGACAAGGACCUGUUGAACCCGUAGAUCAACAGCAACAACCAACUCAGGGUGAUACAAGUGGACAACAAGGACAACAACCACAAGAUCAACCAGUUCAGGAACAAGAUGGUCAAGAUUCACAAGGAACACCUGAACAAACACCAGAUCAAAGUGGACAACAACCAGGACCAGAUACACCAGAUCAACCUGUAUAUCAGCAACAACCAGUUCAGCAACCAUCUGGACAACAGCAACAACCUCAGCCUCGGCCUCAACCACAACCAGAUCAACCUGUAGAUCAGCAACAGGAACCACCGACUCCUGAGGAUCAGCCAUCUGGACCAGAUUCACCAGAUCAACCAGAUCAACAUCACCAACCAACUCCAGCAGCACAACCACAAACUCAACCUCAACCUGAACCUCAACCUGAACCUCAACCUGAACCUCAACCUGAACCUCAACCUGAACCAGUUCAGGAACCACCUGAACAAACACCAGAACAUACACCAUCUAAGGAUGAUGCAAGUGGGGAAGUACCUGUUAAACCUUCUGAAGGUCAUAUGACUGGUGCAGCUGCUGAUGGUUCUGGACAACCUCCUGAUAAAAAAACUGAUGAUGAUUCUAAAGGAAAAGAUGGUUCAAAAUCUGGUUCUGGCACCCCCAGUAAAGAUAAAAAAGAUUCCAAACAUACGCCAUUCCACGGUUGUGGGCAAUUCUUCACAAAUACACAUAAAGUCACCGUUAUUUUCCAUUGGUGGUUGUGUGAAAAGCCAUGGCAAUACGCUCUAACAUUGUUGACUUUGUUUGGUUUUGCACUUUUGAGUCCAUGUUUAAAGGCCUAUAGAGAGGUUCUCAGAGCAAAGGCGGUAAGAAGUUUCAUUUUCGACUGUCUUUUGACACAUCUCUUCCUCUUUUUGAUUGCACUUUGUGCCUACGCAUUGGACUUUUUGCUCAUGCUUGUUGUAAUGACCUUCAAUGUUGGUGUAUUCUUCGCCGUUAUCUUGGGCUAUUCCGUAGGAUACGUACUAUCCUCGUUAGCCUAUUCAACGUUACGUACUCAACCCAAUAGAAGCAACUCUUUUUCUCGCAUUAACGAAGAUUGUUGUUAA